AUGACCGGAAACUUGAACGGCGGUGGAAGAGGAGGAGAAGGACCGUGCGGGGCGUGCAAGUUCUUGAGGAGGAAGUGUGUGAGUGAAUGCGUUUUCGCUCCUUAUUUUGAUGCAGAGCAAGGGACUUCUACGUUUGCAGCGGUUCACAAAGUGUUUGGAGCAAGCAAUGCCUCAAAGAUGUUACUGAGAUUGCCUUUGAACAAGCGGCAUGAUGCGGUCUCCACGCUCAGUUACGAGGCUUUGGCUAGGCUCCAUGAUCCUGUUUAUGGCUCUGUUGGCCAUCUCUUCUCUCUCCAACAUCAGGUUAUGAAUCUACAAGCUGAGAUUGCUCAUGUUCAAGCUCGUCUUUCAACGUUUCAGCGCUUUUCUGUGACCCCACCACAACAAAUGCAGCAGCCACCUCAUAACAAUGAAUAUCCGAUGGAACCAACGAACUUGGAUUUUGUGUGGGAGGAAGAACAAUUACCACAAGCUGGAAAUGAAGAUAGUGAAUUUCAAGAACUGGCGAUGCAGUUUGUUUCUAAGUAUUUUCCGACAGUCAAACUUCCGGCUUGCACUUCCGGUUAG